UUGUGGUUUGGGGGUUGUCAGUACAUGAUUUCCUUCCACCCACUGCCAGGGGUGCUGCUUUCAGCCAGGCUGAGCUGCCUGUGCUGAACACGGUGUUUGCCUGUGGCUCCCGGGACACACGGGAUCAUUUGUGGCACCAAAGCCCUGCGAGCACAGGAUGCUCCUAGAAAUCACGGGUUUGGAACAAAAGUGCCCAGUGCUGGCUCAUGUUAAAGGCAAAGGGGUUGUGAUUUCAUGGGCUGCUGCAGUCUCAGGGACUGGGUAAAGUGUUCAUUUAGAAUCCCAGAGUGGACCUUAAAGCCCAUCUUGUUCCACCUCCUGCCCUGGGCAGGGACAAAUUCCACGUGACCAUUGCUCCAAGCCUGGCCUUGAGCACUUUGAGGGACAGAACAGACACAGCUUCUCCAGAACAGGGCCUCACCACCCUCAGAGGGAAGAAUUUCUUCUGCAUUUCCCUCUGAAGUGUCUGUAGCAGAUUCCUGAAUCCAUCUCCUUUGGUUAUCCCCAUUAGUUUUGAAUUUUCACUGGAGCAAAUAAUCUUUUUCCUUUUUCCUUUUAUUCUCUUUUGUUGCUUCCAGUAUACCUUUGGAGGUUGAAGUGCAAAUUUGAUGGCAGGGCACAUUUGCAUGCUCUGUUUGCUUCCUUUAUUUUCCCAUUCCAGCUGGUGAGGAGGAAGAAACAAAGCAGUUUCCAGGCAGCCUUUCCUAUGGGUCCUGUGGGGUCGGGGAUUCCGUGGUUCCAUCAACAAACAAAACCAUACUGGUGUGCAGUGCUGGUGGUACAAGCUGCGCUCCAAACCAGGGAAGAAGGAAAAGGAGAGAGGGGAGAUCGAGGUGGAUAUCCAGUUCAUGAGGAGUAACAUGACAGCCAGCAUGUUUGAUCUGUCCAUGAAAGACAAGCCCCGCUCUCCCUUUGGGAAGCUCAAAGACAAGCUCAAGGGCAAGAGGAGCAGCGGCCUCUCGGACACGGCUUCGGCCAUCGUCCCCAGCACCUCCCACUCCCCUGCCGACAGCGAGGAUGAGGCAGUCGAGAAGGAGAAGAAGAAAUCCAAGUUCAAAGCUCUGUUCUCCAAGCCUGGCCUGCAGAAGACAUCCCUGUCCCAGUCCAUGUCUGUGCUGCCCACUCAGCAGCCCCUCACCCAGAGGAUUCGGCUGCGGCCCAGCGACUUCCAGGCGCAGUGGGAUGAGGAGGAGUCUGAGACCUCUCCUGCCUCAGAACGAUCCUUUGAAAACGCGUUGGAAGAGAAGCCAGCUCCUUCUCCAUUGUUUAAAUCUCGUAAACCAGCCUUUUUGGACAGUAGGCAGCUAAGCCAAGGAAUCUCUAACCACACCAAAAAGGAUGGGCUCUCUUUGUUCAGUGGCCUGAAAUCCAAAAGCGAUCCUGUGUCCAAGUCCAGUCUGUGCAUCAAUGGCAGUCACGUCUAUAUGGAAGAGACCACAACCAAGGACAAGACUCCAGCCUCGUCCCCCUCUCCUCACAACCUCAGGAGGAAGCAGCUCUUUGCUUCAGAGGAGAACCUGUCCUCCAGGCCCACUAAAUCACCUGAAGAGAUGGGAAGAACCUCUCCUGGUCAGGCUGUCUCUGGGUCCACAUCCUUGGAGACCUUCAAAUCCAUGACUUUGCCGUCAUACAAACUGCUCAGCAGUGAGGAGCACCUGGACACCAGCGUUCCACCAAGCAUAGAGGCUGCUAGAGAGACAAAAAAACCAGACCACAAAAAGUCUGCCUUGCUCUCCCUGGUCACUGGGAAGAAGGAAAUGGUGAAGACCGGUGAUGCUGAGAUUAUUCCUGACAGGACCCUGCAGAGUGAGGAAAAUACAAUUCCAGAAGAGAAGAGUGAAGAGGAGGCCAAAUGCCCUGAAGUCCCAGCAGAUUUGGGCAGAGGGAGCCCGUCAGGAGAUGCUCACCAUGCAGAGGUGGAGGAGGCCAUCACAAACAAGCAGCUGCUCAGGCCUUUUGAGGAGGAACGGAAACCUGAGAAAGCUGCACCAGCCAAGACCAAAGCUGUGAAACCCAGACUGGGCCUGUCUCCAGAGGAGGAACCCAAAGCCACGCUUCCCACUCUUGCACCUGACCCCCUCCCUGCUUUCCUCUCUGUGCACCGUGUCAGCAGUGCAAAUAAUCCUUUCAUUUCUAAAGUGGGGCAGACAGCCCGAGUGCCAGACUCUGAAAACAUCCCUAGUUCUCCUGCCUCUCUCACUUCUCCUGCAUUAGCUGCAGAGCUUUGGAAUGACAAGAACCCCUUUACUCCUGGAUGGGACAGGGCAUCCAGAGCCCUGGAUCCCAACAGCAUUGCCCGUUUCCCUUCAUCCCAUCACCCUGCAGCCUCCGUUCCCAAAGCACCUCUGGCUGGGCAGGUCUCUGCUAGGGUCAAUAAUCCUUUUGCUGCUGACUGGGGCCAGGCUCCUGGGGGCUCUGGCAUGGGGGCUUCCCGGGGUCUCUCUGGCCCACCCACACCUUCUGUCCCCUCUGACUGUCGUCUCAAUGACAACAAUCCCUUCGUGUCCAAGCGUGGGGGACAGGCAGUGCCAGGUGUCCAGGCUGUUGCUGGUUCUUCCCCUUCUUGCCUUUCUGGUGGUGAGGACUGUUCCUCUGCAGGACACCCUGCCCGUGGUGCUUCAGGGGGCUCUGUGGAAGUGGCUGUAACCAGUGAUGUCACAGCUGUGCCAAAUCCUCUCAGCACCUUGUCUGACCCCCCUCCUGCCCCCCCUGGGCUGGCUCCAGAGCUGCACUGUGGUUCUGCCCGGCUUCAGCCUGAGGAUUCUUUGGAAAGCAGCGAGCCAGGCAACAGGAGAUCUGUGUCCUUUGUCCUUGGGGGAUGGCAGGGUGUUCCAUCAGCUGAUGUGGGUUUGGGUGGGCAGGAAGGUGGAGAGCAGCACCUGGACUCCAGGGGAAGGUUACAGAUGGCUUCAGGGGCAGCAGGAGAGCGAGCAGGGCUUGGGGAUGAGCUGGGAGCAAGGGGUGACCCAUCGACAGAACUCUGUGGGGACAGCACACAUCCCACCUGGAACAGUGAUGGAACAGCUGUGGAGGUCACUGGUGCGAGCACUGAGCCCUGCACCAAGGCUGACAAAGGUUUUGUGUCUCUCUCCAAGUCCAGUGCCAGCCUUGUGCCAGAAGCUGACCAGGCACCGUUCCCUGAGAGCGAGCUCAGGGAGGAGCAGGAGCCCUGCAGUGGAAAGGAGUGGGCAGGAUGUGUGCCCAUGUUAGAGCCCCAGGCACCUCCACCUGCUGGAAAUGAGUCAUUUUCUCAAGUCCAGCCAACCCUGAGAGCCUGCACAGUGUCCCCUCAGGAAGGGGGUUCAGGGAGGGCUGGUAGCGAGAUCCUUGUCCCCCCAAAGCCAGCCCCACGACUGGCUGUACUGCUGAGGAAAUCCCCACCGACUUCCCAGGCUGAGCUGAGGGGUGAUGUUCCUGCUUCAGGUGAUGUAAAAUCCACAGCAGGGCUCCCUGAAGCCUCAGCUGUUUGUGGGUGCCUCCCUCAAGGUGGCUCCUUGGAGACUGUCACCCCUCCAGUGACAGCCAGGGGUGACAGCAGUGACAGGCCUUCAGGAAAGGAAGGUGCUGAUGAUUUCUCUGUCAGUCUCACAAAUGUCAGGUCCCUCAUGGCUGCUCCUGGAGGCUGGGGCUCAGCACUGGCCAGUCUUCCAGUGAUCCCAGAGGGAGGCUCUGAUGACGAGCUGCUGGGGGACUGUCAGGAGAGCUGUGGGGUCACUGCAGGGGACAAAGGGGUUUUAGGGACUGGAGAGCAGCCCCGAGGUUUGACACCUUUGCAUGGAGAACCAAGAGGAGGAGGAGCUAUUCCUGGUGCUUGUCAGCCAGGGAGUUUGGCUGUGCUGCCUGCUGCAGUGGGUGCUCCCAGGGUCUGUGUCCAGGGAGCUGACUCAAGCUUAGGUGUGACAUCUCAUUCCAGGGAGUGUGACAGUCAUUUUGAGAAACGAGAGCUGGAAAGGAGUGCAGGUGUUGAGGAGCGUGCAGAGUGUGAGUUCUCUGAGCCUUCUGCUUUCUCUUCCUCCCUGUCAAGUCCUUGCCAGCCCCACUCUUCCUCUCAUUCCCUUCUCUCUGACACCCCAAGUCGUAGAGCAGAGUCUCCGAAAAAGCCAAGAGCCGAGGGCUUCGCAGAUAAAGCGGGAAAUUCGGGCAAGAAGAAACUCCUCCAGGCACGGGUUUCACCCUCUGAAACGUUCCCUAACCAAACCCCACGGGGUGGUGAAACCGUGUCUCCCAAGCACAGACUCCAUCCUGUGAAGCCAAUGAACACCAUGGCAAACAAGCCUCAGAGCAAGAACCUGAAUGUCAUCAGCACCAUGAACGAAAAGCUGCUGGAAAUGAGUGUGAAGAAAUACGAUCCCUCAGACCCUGCCUAUGCCUAUGCUCAGCUGACACACGAUGAGCUGAUCCAGCUGGUGCUGAAACAGAAGGAUACCAUUACCAGGAAGGACCUCCAGGUGCGGGAGCUGGAGGACUACAUCGACAACCUGCUUGUCAGAGUCAUGGAAGAAACCCCAAACAUCCUCCGUGUUUCCAUGUCUGGCAACAGAAAAGCUGGGAAGAUGUGAAGGCUCUGGGGGUGUCGGUGAACAAGGACUGAAUUCCCCCAGAGGAGGGUGAGCAGCUGGUGGUGCUGGUUGUGCUGCUCACACAAAAUGACCUUUUUCCUGUUUCUGCCUUGAGCAACUCUUGGAGUGAUUAAUAGUUCCAUCAGGUGUUGUAAUGAAGUCACCUUAUCAUAUUUAUUUUUUGUUUUCUUCCCAUUCUUUGGGAAGAUCAGGCAUUAAUCCAAAGGCUAGUUGAGAUGGGAAGGAGGAGGGUUUUUGAUGUGUUUUGCUUCCCAGCAAGGCGCUGAUGAUCCUUUAGGAAGAUUUUUUAAAAUGGUUUUAUUUUGUAGCAGCUUUGAUAGAUCAGUUACUUUUCUUUCCACAUCUGAAGUUGUAGUGCAAUAUAAAUCCUUGUACAGUAGAGCUCGAGGAUUUGAUUGUUUUUAAAAUAAUAAUUAGCUACACUGGAGAAGUCCAAAGAUGUCCCAGCUUCAGGCCUGGGCUGUAAUUUUAAAGGAAUUAAUUGAAAGUUGACCAUAAGUUGACCAAAUCUCAGUUCAUCUCCCCACGUGGAUAUUC